ACUGCAGUUCUAGCCCUGACAUGUCGUGGCAAGUGCCCGCUGGGGUAUUUAAAUCCGGGGCCGUUGAGGAAGUGUUUUGUCAUUGCACACUGCGGACCCUGAGCACUUUAUGUACAGCAGAAAAGUCAUAGAUGUAUAUAUAACGCAUAUAACUAUUUAUUAAGGUAAAAGAGAAUGGCAACAGAGAAUUGUUUAAGCAACAGCCAAAUAAACACAGUGGAUAAUGAGAAACUUGUAAGACCAAAGGUACAACUACAAACCCUGCUCCAGCAGGCAGGAGCAGACAAGGAGAUCUUUACAAUGAAAGAGGUAAUAUUUUACCUCGGACAGUACAUUAUGGGCAAGCAGCUGUAUGACAAGAAACAGCAGCACAUUGUCCACUGCGCAGAUGAUGCCCUGGGGGCUGUUCUUGGUGUGGACAGCUUCUCUGUAAAGGAACCCCGUGUCUUAUUUGCAAUGGUCUCCAAAAACCUGGUUGCAGUUAAAAAUGAAGGUCCCCAGUCAGCCUUUACAGAUCCCAGCAGUGAAACUGAACCAGACAGCGCACCACAAGAAAAGGACUCGCAUUCAGCCACUCCUGGGCGGAGACGGAGAAGGAGCAGCGACCCUGGAACCUCCACAGACGAGGAACCCAGCCACAGAAAGAGGCACAAAUCCGACAGCUUCUCGCUCACGUUUGACGACAGCUUGUCUUGGUGCGUGAUUGGCGGCCUCGUGAGGGAGCAGCAGGCCAGCGAGUCGUCGGAGUCUGACAGGAGCAUGAUCUUUGAAGACCGUGUUCACAUGACUACCUCCUGCAUAGGAACAACUCGCAAUGACUUGAUAUUGAGCGACAGCGAAGACUCCGUUUCAGAUAACUUCAGUGUGGAGUUUGAGGUGGAGUCCAUCAACUCGGACGCCUACAGUGAGAACGACGAGGCAUCGGACGCGUCUGGAGUAGACGAGGUAUACGAGGUCAUCUUUGAGGCAGAGGAGGAAGACUCCUUCGACGAGGAUACUGAAAUUUCAGAGGCAGACUAUUGGAAGUGCUCCAAGUGCGAGGAGCUCAACCCUCCCCUGCCACGCGUCUGCCAGCGCUGCUGGACGGUGCGUGAUCACUGGCUGCCUGAGUUGGAUGCCGCAGGCGCCGCCCACAAGGCCCUGCCUCCGAAGCCCCCUGUGGCUGACGCUGAGGAGGGGCUGGACGUCCCCGAUGGCAAGCUGGCGAGUUCGCCCCCUAGUGUCGAACCCAAGGAGGAGGCGGCAGCGUCUGGGCUCCAGGAGAGCUGCUCGCAGCCUUCCACCUCGGGCGCCAGUGCCGGGAGCAGCCAGGAGGAGCCCCCCGAGCUGGAGCGCUUCAACAGCCUGGAGGCCUGCCUGCCGUCCAGCUGCCUGGAGCCAUGCGUCAUCUGUCAGAGCCGGCCCAAGAACGGCUGCAUCGUUCACGGCCGCACCGGCCAUCUCAUGUCCUGCUACACCUGCGCCAAGAAGCUAAAGAACCGCAACAAGCUGUGCCCUGUGUGCCGAGAGCCCAUCCAGUCUGUGGUGUUGACCUACCUGAGCUGAAGCACCGCCCUCAGAGAAUUCACUCUAAUUUAAUAAAUUUAUAUUGCGCCUUCAUGGUAAAAGGGUUAUAUUUAUUUAAAACUCUGCGUUUGGUGUUUAAGCUGAGUGCAUUAACGGAGCCAAAAUUUUGGGGCUUAAAUGGCUUUGCUGCAUGUCUGAGCUGAUUUCUUCCUGUGUUCAGAAUUUUGUCCUAUGAAGAAGUAAGCGGAGAGAGUCUUAUUUAAAUAAAUUACUGUUUUAUUCUUAAGUUGACUGGAAAACAACAGUCAUGUAAAUGUUGCUGGUGGAAAUGCCUGUUUUAGGGUUUUAAGGGACCAGUGGCAUAAAGAGUCUCCCUUCCUGUUACUCGUAUAGCUCCAAGGGCAGGAUGAGGUUUGAGGAUUCCAGAAAUCUGCUCUCAAGCGGAGGAAGUGUGGCUGAGGUGCUGGCUGUGCUGCCGCUGGCCUUGACUGAGAUACCUCUGUGACGCUCACGUUUGUCAGGAUGGUGCUGCCUUUUCAGAUGCUCCUCCGUAAUAUUGUCGGAUGAGCUCAUCACUCAGCUCAGUGCACACAUAUCUGUACAGUGACUGUGAUUACCACUUGUAGUGAGUCCUUAGUGGGCAGAAGGUGCCCUGCCACGAUGUUCUCACGGCUUUUAUCACGAGGAAUAUUCACGGUGCCCCCUGAAUGCCUGUGGGGUGCUGUGCUGUGCACUAAGCAUCAAUACAUGUACAUACAUUUGCCCCCAAUAUUGACGGAAAAAUGUCUUCCCCUUACUAGCUAGACCUGGUAAAAUGUAUGUCAGUAUUUAAGAUAUUACUGCUUUGUGAUUUUCAAGUAGACCAGAUACUUCUCACGUAACAGGAAUAAGUGCAAAAGGCUAGCUGUCUUCUGCUUCAAUGAAUUCUGUUCACAAGAAAAUUCUUGACACAUAUUUAAGGCCCGUUGGAAGUGCCAUCAAAAAUGUCAGAGAAUAUUUUGCGUAUUUGAUCAAACUUAAUAAAUGCGCUAAAACUCGGUAAAUGUAGCCGUCUGCGUCGUUGACCAAUGCGCCAAAAGACUUAAUCACAUAGCUAGUAGCUACCGAACCUUUGAAAGCAAAGCUGGCUGAUUUAACGUGCAGCUGUAAGAAAUGUUGUAUACCGCUUAAUGCAGCUAAAUGUUAAGGAUAUUAAGACGAAUAUGCUUGUUUGUCGACUUAGAUAAAUGUACAAAGCUCUUUAUCCCACUUUAGAGCAAGUUUUUGCUGUCCACCAGAUGGAGUAGAAGCGUUAGCUAAAAGAAAAGGGUGCCGUUCGUCCGCCUCACAUCUUCAUUAUUUUUAUUUUUUUGCCGUCUCGACUGCGCCCGUGUGUAUGAUGAGGGUUAAUUGCGUUGAUUACAUUUGUUUAAUGAGUUUUGUUGUAGCCACACGACGUUUUCUGCAAAACAAAGUUCAUUUUUCGUUACGUUGUAACGAACACUGACAGUCUUGAAAGGGUAGGGUGUGAGUUUCGUAAAAUUUGGCUUAUUUUGUCUAAACAUCUCUGGCUCAUGUCUCGUAUACACUGUCAGAAAACCUUUGAGGGUGCAAUUAUUUCUCACUGGGGUUGUACCCUUGUAGGUCUGCCAAAGGUACCAAUUUUAACAUACAAAAAUAGACUCCGAGGAACAUUUUUGUACUGUUAGGGGACAUUAAUGUUGUGUGGCUACCAGGGCUGUACCCCCUUUUCUGACUAUGUUGAAUUUGAUAAGUGAAGUUAUUAAAAUUACUAGUUACUUUCUACGGUACUAAACGCUGUUUUUAUAUUGGGGGGGGGGGUAAUUUGCCAUAGCAACUCAUAGGUUGUAUAUAUUUCUAUGUUUUGAUUUAUGACACUAAGAAUGUAAAAUAUUUUAUAUGUAGGCUUACGUAAUAUUUAAUUGCAUUGCUUCAUAUUGAAUUUUGUAGUGCCUUAAUAAGUUUGCUGUCAGAAUAUACUACAUGGCAGUUUGCUUUAUGUAACUAUUAUACGAAAUCGCAACAAUAUUUGCAAUGUAUACAGUAAUUUGAUUUGUUUAAAGGGAAUGACUUUUAAGAACUAGUAAAUUGAACAUUCGUAACUUGUUUUACUCACCCUGAUACAGCUGAGGUUAUAAAAACAAAUCGUUGCGUAGGCCGUCCUGAUUGUGAGACAUAACUGCUCUGCUAUGCACUGAGUCGAAGACCGGCACCUUACCGUAGAAACUGCGUUCGUUGGUGUGUGUGUGUGUGUGUGUGUGUGUGGUGUUUAGUUUUUUUCCAUUGUAACCGCUCGGUAAUAUACAAUAAUUUUGUCUUAUCAUCAGGGGCUAGUGCUGUUUCCAGGGGCGUUUAUCCCUCCACUAACACUAACUUUUGUAUAAAUGGUGUGUUGUCAUUCUUUAUUAAAAUCAGACCGCCCGCCACACAUUUCACCAGUCUCUAGGUCUGUUCCUGCUUGUCGUAGGUUUCAUUGUGUUUAUAUAAUUUAUUUUAAGCUUUUGUUGGGCAAUCACUUGUGUAUAUACAAAUAGAUGCAAAUAAAUGCCUUAUGUUUA